AUGUCCACUCAAACAACUCAUAAGCAUACAGACGGAUCCACAAAAUGGAGUUCAAACGAUGGCAGAUUCAGAAGACAAGAAUCAAGCUUUCGUAACUUUAUCACAAAAGAUGGCAAUUCAGACUUUAAACCGGAAUUAAACCGUUAUCAUCUCAUUUGCGCAAUGGCUUGUCCUUGGGCUCAUAGAAGUAUGAUCGUUCGUAAAUUAAAAGGCAUUGACAAAGUGAAAGGACUUUUGCCUUUGCAUACCGUUGAUUCUCUUUUGGGUCCGGAAGGCUGGACUUUCGUUCCUUAUGAUUCAGAAGAAUUGAAAGGACUGGGCAUCCCUGGAACGGGAAUCAAGAUCCCAGGACACGAAGAUAAGAAACGUAUUCGUGAAUUAUAUUUGACUGCUAAUCCCGACUACAAAGACCGAUGCACAGUUCCGAUCAUUUGGGACAACAAGUUGAAUACCGUAGUGAACAAUGAAUCUUCUGAGAUCAUUCGAAUGCUAAACACUUGCUUUGAUGAUUUCAUCGAUCCAAAAUAUCGCAAUUUGACAUUCUACCCGGAAGACGAUAAAUCAUUACAAAAAGAGAUUGACGGAUUGAACGAAUGGAUUUAUCCAUGUAUCAACAAUGGUGUUUACAAGAGCGGAUUUGCAACUAAGCAGGAUGCAUAUGAAGAAUCAGUUAAACCCUUGUUUGAACAUUUGGAUAAAGUGGAGAAAAUCUUGAGUGAUGGAAGGGAUUACCUUGCUGGUGGUCGUUUAACAGAAGCUGAUAUUCGUCUCUUCACAACGAUCAUUCGCUUUGAUCCUGUUUAUGUUGGUCACUUCAAGUGCAACAUCAAAACUAUCCGAGACGGCUAUCCUCAUAUUCAUAAAUGGGCCAGACAACUCUACUGGAAAGAGGGAGACGGCGCAUUCAAAGAUACGACCGAUUUCGAAAGUAUCAAAGCACAUUACUAUCAAAGUCAUCCUCAGAUCAACCCAACCCGCAUCGUUCCUGCUGGACCUCAUCUAUACAUUCUUCCUUUGGACAAGUGA